UCCAAGCAAAACCCUAAUAAGUCCCGCCGUUAUCUUCAUAAACCCAAACCUACUCACUUCUUCUUCUCUUUGCUUCGCUCUCAGCGGCAGACAAAAAAAGAUGCCGAAACGUAGUAAAAAGAGCAAGAGUAAGAGGGUGACCUUGAAGCAGAAGCACAAGGUCAUUAGAAAGGUCAAGGAGCACCACAAGAAGAAGGCAAAGGAUGCUAAGAAGCUAGGCCAUAACCGUAGGCCAAGAGCAGAGAAGGACCCAGGUAUCCCCAAUGACUGGCCUUUCAAGGAACAGGAGCUCAAGGCACUAGAAGCUCGACGUGCCCGUGCUCUCGAGGAGAUUGAGCAGAAGAAAGCCGCCCGCAAAGAGAGGGCGAAAAAGAGGAAGCUUGGUUUGGUUGAUGAUGAGGAUACCAAGAUAGAAGAAGGAUAUGGAGAGGAGAAGAGCGGAGAUGACUCAGCUAGAGUUGUCAAUGUUCGAGAUAACUCGGAGAGGGCUUUCUACAAGGAGCUUGUUAAAGUCAUUGAACUGUCCGAUGUCAUUCUCGAGGUUCUUGAUGCUCGUGAUCCCCUUGGCACUCGCUGUACCGACAUGGAGAGGAUGGUGAUGCAAGCUGGUCCCAACAAGCACCUCGUUUUGCUUCUGAACAAGAUCGAUCUUGUUCCCAGAGAGGCAGCUGAGAAAUGGCUUAAGUACCUUAGGGAAGAGUUUCCAGCUGUUGCCUUCAAAUGUAGCACCCAAGAACAGAGAUCGAACUUGGGCUGGAAGUCGUCCAAGGCAUCAAAACCAAGCAAUAUUUUGCAGACGAGUGAUUGUCUUGGAGCAGACACUCUUAUCAAGUUGCUGAAGAACUACUCCAGAAGUCAUGAGUUGAAAAAAUCUAUUACAGUUGGUAUUAUAGGACUGCCCAAUGUGGGGAAGAGUAGUCUUAUUAACAGUUUGAAGAGAGCUCACGUUGUCAACGUCGGCGCCACUCCUGGACUGACCAGGUCUCUGCAAGAGGUUCACUUGGACAAGAACGUGAAGCUGUUGGAUUGUCCUGGAGUUGUGAUGCUCAAAUCUUCAGCGAAUGAUGCUUCUAUAGCUCUCCGCAACUGUAAAAGAAUCGAGAAGUUGGAAGAUCCAGUUAGUCCAGUGAAGGAGAUUCUGAAGCUUUGCACGCCACAAAUGCUGGUGACUCUGUACAAGAUCCCUAGCUUUGAGGCGGUUGAUGAUUUUCUUUAUAAGGUUGCCACCGUUAGGGGUAAGCUUAAGAAGGGUGGUCUCGUGGAUACUGAAGCUGCUGCGAGGAUUGUUUUGCAUGACUGGAAUGAAGGUAAGAUUCCAUUCUAUACAAUGCCGCCAAAGAGGGACCAAGGUGAACACGCGGAGUCAAAGAUUGUGAACGAGUUGGCUAAGGAGUUCAACAUCGAUGAGGUUUACAGUGGUGAAUCCUCUUUUAUUGGGAGUUUGAAGACUGUUAACGAAUUCAACCCUGUUGAGAUUCCUUCCAAUGCUCCUCUAAAUUUCGAUGAAACUAUGAUCGAGGAUGAGUCUAAGACUCAGACCAAAGAAGAGGAAGCUGGUCCUGAGGGUGAUGAUGAGUCUAUGGGAGCUGAAGAGGAGGAAGAAACAGGAAAGUCGAAAUCAGAGACGAGCAAGCAGAACAAGAAGCUAUACGCAGCGGAAAGCAUGCUGAAUACGAAGAAGCAGAAAGCAGAGAAGAAUAUGAGGAAGAAGGCGAAGAAAGCAGCAGGUGGUGGUGAGGAUUCCAUGGACGGAGAUUAUGAUUUCAAAGUAGAUUACGCGAAGAACAAAGCUACAGACAUGGAUGAAGGAGAAGGGUUCCAAAUCGAAGCUAAAGUACCAAUGGCUGAACUAGUUGAUUUGACUGAAGAAUGAGUGGGUUUAAAACAAACAAACAAUCUUGUUGUUCUUUCUUAUUUGGUGUAGUAAACUUUUGAUAUACACAUGUGUUUUGCUUCAUGAAGCGAUUUUGAUUUCUACUGUUAAACCC